CCCUCCACGGGAAGAAACGCCCAGAAAAUAGAGCUUUGACACGAAUGAUGUCGUGAACGCGGCGACGAAUCCCCGGCGCAGGCAUCGGGACGAGUUGUGUUUUGAACAGCGCUGAGCAAGGUGUGGCUGAGGCGGAGCUGCCGAAGCAGUUAUGUCCUUUAGGAUUUUAAUAUGUGUCGUGGCCUUAAGUGCCCUGGCCACCUGCCAGCGCACGACACAGCGAAACCAAGCCCAACCUACAUCCAACCAGCUUCAACCUGAUGAAAAGGAGAAGCAGUGUCCGAAAAACUGGUUUUCAUACAAAACAUCCUGCUACAAGUUCAUUCGUUCCCCAGUGAAAACCAGAGAGCAAGCCAGGGCCCAGUGCAUGGCUUAUGGUGAAGGCUCGGAUCUAGUAAGUGUGAGUAACAAGGAAGAGCAUGGGUUCCUCACGAGGCAUCUCCACGAAAACGACCCACUGCACAGACAGUGGUACACCUCAGGCUACCAGAAGACACCCAACUUCUGGGAAAAUGAAGGUGAUGGUACCUCCUUCCAAGACAUGAUGGAAGCUAUCCUACCAAACCAAGGAUCUGGUCCAGAUAGAAAUUAUCUGGCUUAUUCGUACUCAGAUAAGUACAAGGAAUGGGGUCUGUUGAUGGUAGAUGGACAAGAUACUUUGCUGUACAUCUGUGAGGUUCCACAGACCAACCUGAACAUGCUCAUUGAUGAAUCAGUGGAGAGAAACCACGAGUACGGCAUUAUAGUGCAUGACCCCAGGAAGAUUCCAAAAGGUCCAAAAAUUGUUACACAGCCCAAGGACAGAAUGUUUGACCUUGCCCGAAGAGAGGUUAUCAAUUAUGUGUCAGUUAUGUGCCUUGCUGAUGGUUAUCCCCAUCCAACAUAUGAGUGGUUUAAGGAAUCCUUUGAGAAUGACGAACUGGUUGCGAAGAAGAUCGAUCCUCUCGCAGAUCCAAGGUUUACAGUGUCAGGAGGAACCUUGAUUAUCAAUAACCCCAAACAAGUUGAAGACCGUGGCAAAUACCACUGCCGUGCGACUAACGAGUUUGGAACGGUUACAUCAGAGAGCAUUCAGCUGUCUUUUGCUUACGUUGCUGAAUUCAAUUGGAAGAGGUCUAACGAACAGGGCAAUCAGUUCUGGGGAAAAGCCAUUUACUGUGAUCCUCCACAGCAUUAUCCAGAUGUGCAGUAUUAUUGGGCAAGAGACUACUUUCCCAACUUUGUGGAAGAAGACCGAAGAACGAUGGUGUCUUUUGAUGGAAAUUUGUACUUCUCAUACCUGGAUUACAUUGAUAUUGGCCGUUACAGUUGCAACGUGAAGAGCACUGUCUCAGGCAUUGGCAAGAAUGGACCCAUUUUCAGCUUGGAAGUAAAUCCUCAUCCUAACUACCAGCAGCUAAAGUUUGCAAACAACUUCCCAAAGGCUUUCCCAGAGGCACCAGUUAGGGGAGUGGAUGUAAGACUGGAAUGUAUAGCCUUUGGAUAUCCUGUUCCCUCAUACAACUGGACAAGACGCAAUGGGAACCUUCCAAGAGGUGCUCGCAUGGAAAAUUACAACAGAGUUCUGAUAUUGCCAAAAGUAGAACCUUCAGACAUGGGUGAUUAUAUAUGCCGUGCAGAGAACAACAGGGUUGCCAUAGUAAACAGUAUUUCAUUGAGUAUCCAAGCAAAACCAAGUUUCACGAUCCAGAUCCACGAUCAGUUCAUUGCCAAAGACUCAGAUCUGAUCUGGGAGUGUGAGGCCUUUGGUAUUCCUGACGUUGACUACGAGUGGAUGAGGAAUUCGGAACCCCUGAAGUUAGAAGAGCUGUCGGCUGAUGAUCAGGCACGAUAUGAGAUUGUUGAUAGUAUGUUAAAGAUCAAAGGAGUUCAAGUGAAAGAUGAAGCUAUGUACCAGUGCAAAGCAAGUAACCAUCUUGGCUCAGCUUACUCUACUGCUCAGCUGAAAGUACUAGAAUUGGCUCCUACUUUCCGGAAGAAGCCCCUUGAGUCGGAAAUGUAUGCCGCAGAAGGGGUUAGCGUUACCAUUGUUUGUAACCCAGAGGCUGCUCCAAGGCCAAAGUUCACCUGGAGAAAAGAUGGAUUAGUUCUUGGUAGAGGUGGACGACGUCAGAUCCUUCGCAAUGGAAAUAUGAUCAUUAACCCUGUCUCACGUGAAGAUGACGGGAAUUACACUUGCACGGCAGAAAAUGUUUAUGGCUCUGACGUGAGCUCUGGAAGGCUCAUUGUCUUGCGAAAGCCUGAGUUUUACCGCAGUCCCCCGGAGGAGAUUGUAAGUGACAAAGGGGAUUCCAUCACACUGGAAUGUGAAGCUUAUACGGACACACUUCUAGACACGUCGUACAUCUGGAGACACAAUGGGCUGCGCAUCGAGCUGGAUGACACAGAGUAUCUUCGUAAUUUGGCUUAUGAACAGGGAUAUGACUUCAGUGUGCAGAGAAAGAUGUACAAUGUCUAUGACAACCCGUAUGCAGCUUCACUGAUUACGAAGAAGAAAGAGCAAGAAGUAUAUGUGAGCAAAAGGGAGCCUCCAUUUGAGAAGGGCUACAGGGCAGGCCAUUUGCGCAUCAAAAACUUGACAUUGGAAGAUGCGGGCGUUUACGAGUGUGUUGCAAAGACUCCUGUUGCAAAGAUUGCCAUUUCCACAUCACUCAUCAUUCAUGGACCACCUGGACCUCCCGGUGGGGUAUCUGCUAUUGACCUGACAAGCACCAGAGCUCGUGUGCAAUGGACAAAUGGCGCAAGCAACGGUAGGGAGAUUGAGAAAUACACAAUCCAGACAAGGACACAGUGGACAAAAGAAUGGAUAACUGUGGCUGAAAAUGUAACAGCCAGGAUUAUUGAUUCUUCCAAUGGGCGUAUGGAGUACCAGUUGGGUGAUGUCCUUUCGCCUUGGGCAUCACAUGAGUUCCGAGUGCAAGGUAUAAACAGCCUUGGUCAGGGCCAGUUCUCCACUGCAUCUCCCCAGGCCAAUACCCGACCGGACAUUCCUUUCAAGACCCCAUCCAACCUGGGAGGAGGAGGAGGCAAGACCGGGGAUCUCACCAUCACUUGGGAUCCAAUGCCUGGAGAAGACCAGAAUGCCCCAGGAAUAUACUACAAGUUGUUCUGGAGGCGGUCUGUCUUAGAUCCAGAGACGGAGUUCCAGACUGUUGUGCUGCGUGAACGUGGCAAUACAGGCAUGCAUGUUGUUGACGUUAAUCCUAUCAAAUAUUUCUACACCCAGUAUGAAGUAAAAAUUCAGCCAUUCAAUAAUCAAGGAGCAGGACCUAUAAGUGAUCCUGAAGAAGUCUUCACUGCAGAAGGUAUGCCUCAGGUUCAGCCUACAGAGGUAUCUGCUUUCGCCCACAAUGCAACAUCGCUCAAUGUUACCUGGCAGCCUAUUAAUCCUACCAGAGAUAAUAUCAGAGGAAAACUUAUUGGAUACAGAAUCAAAUACUGGAGACGAGAUGACAACGAGACAGAUCAUAUUAUCAAGCUGCAGAUUGGAACUGAGCAACAUGGUUUAAUUGUUGGUUUGGUGCCAAAUACCUUUUACUGGAUCAGGGUCAUGGCAUACAAUAGUGCUGGUGCUGGACCAGAGAGUGAACGGUUCUUAGAACGAACAUGGCGCUUCCCCCCACUCAUGCCACCAAAUGCAGUCAAAGUAUACGCCAUCAAUCCCAGCACUAUUCGUGUCACAUGGCGUGGUGUCACACCUUCUCCCAUGGAAGAACCACUUAUUGGAUACAAGAUUAAGGUCUGGGAGGCAGACCAAGAUUUCACAAAGGCAAAUAACACCCAUGUUUACAUUGGUUCUCCCCUUGAGGCUUACAUCAGUGAUCUUACCCCUGGCAAAACAUACAAGCUUCGAGUUCUUGCUUAUUCGAGGGGAGGUGAUGGUAAAAUGUCCUCACCACCUUGGGAGUUCCAGAUGGGUGACCCAGACAUCUUGAAAGGUGAAGCUCCAUCUGCCCAUGCUGUUAUGGACAAGACCCUCCUUUGUACAUUCUUGGUGGCCUUCCUCACUCCCCUGGUUCGCUCAUGGGUUAAUAGGCAUCACUAAGUCCUGCCUGUGGAAACAGCCUAUCUUCAUAACAUUUGAGUUAAUGAAGUCGUCUGUUCCAUUGCCAUUACAUCGUCCAAGUUAAAAAUUAGCAAUUCCUUGUGUUGCAUCAAAUACUUUUAUUUUAUUUUAACCAGGGUUUACGUAUGAGAAUCUCAUGACUUGCAGUAAUUGCAUGUUGUUUUAUGUUGAUGUCUUUUAUUUUAUCAGACAUAAGAUGUAUUUAAUGGAAUUUAUUUUUUUAGUAUGACUCCAUUGUUCAAAAGGGCCAAAGUUUGAGAAUAUUACAGUGAAACAUUUCUGUGUACAAAUAUCAGACUUGAAACUUUAGUUAUAUAUAGUGUUGGUUUAAGGUACACAAUUUUGAUUUCUUACUUUUAUUUUCAUGCCAAGUAAGUGUGUCAAGUUGCUCAUAUGAAAUUACUUAGGACGAGUUUUAUGGUGAAAUUUCUGUAUUUAAUCUUUUGAAUUGUUAGGAUUUGUAAUGAGCACUUCUUAUCAGUAAGAUUUUAUCUCGGCAAAAGGUAGUGGAUUAUGGACUUUAGUUAUAUACUUACAUAGCUUAGCACAGUAAUAGCUAUUAAAUUAAAAUAUUAAUUAUCUUUAGAUCUUUUGGCCAUGUCAUUUCGAGAUAGUAAAAACCUCAUCACUUAGGUUCAGUUUUAGUAUCUACUUCCCUAGGUAGCUUUGAGAUGUAGGUUGUCUUUUCUUGUAAACUUUCUUAGACUGUAACAGAGUCUCAUUCACAAAUGUUUAACCAAAGAAAAGUGGAAGAACUGACAAUUUGAUGUCUGGUUGGAAUUAUGUAAAUGACAACCAUAAUUUUCCUGUUCUGCCAAAAUGCAAUAUUUGUACUCACUCAGUAUAAUGGCUUAGCAAGUCCUCCAUUGUUAUCAGGAAAGUAUUAUGAGCAAUAGUAUUGUUACUAUUUAUAUUUUUAUGAUAAUUGUAUAUCUAAGAGGUAAAAAAUAAAAAAAAAAGUGCACAAAUGUGACUAAGUCAUAAUUGACUUGUAUGUAAUUCACAAAUGUAUUGUGUGUAAAAAUAUGCAUAAGUAAUGCUAUUCUUUCUAAGCAUAUCUCCAUACAACCAUAAAUGCUAAAUUGUAUUCAAGUUUCCUGAAUGAUUGUCAGUAAAUUCAGGUUUUGAAUACUCAAAUUGUAUAAUACUUAUACUGUUAAAUACGUAGUGGCUUCAUAAGUAUUUUGGAUAAGCACAUUAAGUGGUAUUAUCAUGUAUGAAAUGAAAGAUUUAUUCCUAAAUGUAAGCAUUGUUCAAACUUUCAGGAACUUUGGCGUGCCUUUCUUCCAUCCUUUACUGUAUGGAAUGUGGUUGUACCAUAUUAUUGUGAUCAAGUUUUAAAGCAAUACUUUCAAAGGCACUUGAAUUACAAGUGUUGAAAAACAUUCUAACCAUUUAUAUAUACAUAUACUUGACAUUUACAUAAUUUUCUUAAUGGUAGUGAAAGUGAAAGACAGAUUUUUUUUAAAGGUCUUUAAUGGGUAUCAAGUUUUCUUCCAGUUUUUGAAUGAAACACAGAUACCUGAUCAAGAAUUCCUCUGUGAAAUUAAGGAAUUCCAAUAACCAAUAUAUUGAUGUGUGACUGUACUUCAGUGUUUCCGUCCAGUUUUAAAGUUUGUACAAUUUUGUAAAGUUCUUUAUGGGUACUUACAUUUGAUUUAAGAUUGUAAAAUAUUUUUAUUU